AUGGCGAGACUGACAGACUGGUUUCUGCUCUCACUCUUUCCGGCGCUCGUCCUCCUCCACCUCUACGUUUCCCCCUAUACAAAGGUCGAGGAAUCCUUCAAUAUCCAAGCGAUCCACGACAUCCUAACUUACGGGAUUCCGUCCAAGAAUGUGGCCAACAGGCUCCGCGCCCAAUACGAUCAUUUCUCCUUCCCCGGCGCCGUCCCGCGCACCUUUGUCGGGGCGUUGGUUGUCGCGGGCACAGCAAAGCCAAUUCUAUGGGUCAAUUCGCAGCUUGAUAGACAAUUAGUAGUGCGCGGCGUGGUGGGAUGCUUUAAUGCGCUUGUACUUAUCUCUUACGCCAGGGGAGUUCGGCGGGCAUUCGGCAAGAAUGUUGCGGUCUGGUAUAUUUUAUUCCAAGCCAGUCAGUUCCAUGUCAUGUAUUAUGCCUCUCGAACGCUUCCGAACAUGUUUGCUUUCGGUAUCACCAUGAUGGAUGAUGCUAAACUUAUUCAAUUCAAAGCCACGUUUGCAUUCCGAUAUCUCCUCCCCGAGCCCGCCUCAACAGUACAAGACGUCCAAUCCCGCAAGAGGUGCCGUCUCUCCCUCUACCUCCUCACCAUCACAGGCAUCAUUUUCCGCUCAGAAAUCGCCCUCCUCCUCGCACCACAACAAUCCACCUCUGGGCCAAAAAUCGCAUAUCAUUCCGCAGCGAGAUUCUCCCCGCCGCCAUAUCCGGCCUAA